AUCACAGAGCCACUCUGACAGCCUCCCGCUGAAGAGCUGUGAUUACUUUGGCUGUGUUUGCGAACCUGCUUUUGGCUUCUCAGUGUACACUACGAGGAUUACUGCUAGUUUACUGUGACUUUUUACAGUGCGAAUACAGCGAAGAAGAUCUACAGGAUUCUCAAUGGAGUUUCUACAGCUCUGUGUCUUUUACUGAGCGACUUUCGAGGCUCUUUUAACAGAGAGUUUUCUGCAAAUACGUUUCUAUUGUCAGGAAUAAAUGAUCACCUCAGCUAGACGAGUCUCUGCAGAUAAACCUGAAGUACAAAUCGCUUUCAGCCUCGACGAAACCUCAGAGUUGAAAGAUGCAGAGGAUCCCCUUCCAUCAUUCCCUGACCUUGAGCAACGUCUGCAGCCGGUGCUGCCGUGUCGCUCUCUAAAGGAGUCCAUUGAAGUGUACAAAAACCACUGCAAGAUGGCCAAUGAGUUCAACCAGGUCAAACAUGAAAUCGCCAGGCUGGAAGACAGAAAGAUGGAGCUCAUGGCGGAGCUGCUAGAGGACGAAAAGGCGUCGAUGGAGUUCGCACGACUUGAGGAGGAAUACAGGAUACUCACGGAAGAGAACCGGAAUCUGAUUACAGUCCAUAGUCAACGCGCACAGCAGUUAGAGACGCUCCGAGUGAUCAGUCAAAAGAGGCAGGGCUCCUCGUGACCUUUGACACAAAUGCGAAAGAGCUUUCACCUCUGGGUCUUUACUACUUCUUAUAAACAUCUCAGCAUUCCUUCAGUGCUUGUGUAAUGUACUGAAGCGGAAAACUGAUCUUGAAUCCGUUUUUUUAGACUGAGACACUUAAACAUAACAUACUUUAUGCUAAUAUGGGUCUUUUUCAGAGCGGAUGGUCUUGUGGCCCAAACUGCCUGAUGCCUGACAUCGCAUUCUGAAUAUAUACUAUUUCUUCUUCUUUGUGUGUUUUAAGGGCGUGUUUGUUGACAAAUGUGCUUCACACAUUUAUCUAUGCCUAUGUUGUACAGUUGAAAUGUUCUGCUCUGCUGUGAAAGUGUAACUGCUACUCUCAGUAAAAGUUUUUACUGCU